CAAGGCAUUGAUGACCACGGGUCGGCAUGAGAGCGUUAGACGCAAUUAUUUUCCCCAACCCGAGCAAAUUCGAUGUCAAAUGUUUUGGACUAUGCUUCGGCAGCAUCCUCUUGUUCGUCGUCGGGGUGUCUAUUUCCACGUUGAAGGACGAGCGCAGGAUGAGCAGAACGCUGGUCACAGACCAAGACCAUCCCAGCGCCCUGCCAAUUCACCGAGAUGGUGCAAUUGCGGGUUCAGGCCCGACAAACAAGGCUCGCGACAGGUUAGACGAAUUCAGUGUGAUUGGGGUCCUACCGUCCCCCAAGACAGAAAUGCAGUUCAGUACGAAAUGCAACAUGACGAUCGACAUUCAAAGCAGGGUACUCAGCCUGAAGACGGAAGCAGGGGUUCUGUUGGUGAAGGAAGGUGGGAUGUUCGAGGAGAAUGGGGUUCUCAUCGGAGAUGUGCCGCCCCGAGCACUAAUCUGCGAGUCUGCCGACACAGGGGCACAAGUUGGCGGCGCCGCCUUGUUUACAGUCACGUCUGGCGCGAGUUAUACAUUCAAGGGUUGGACGGGCUUCAUAAAUAAGUAUUGUUGGGCCAAGCACCACCGCGUGCACCUUUAUCUUUGGCUGGGCGAGGUCGACCGGAGUUUCCUCGAGAACAAGACAGAGGACGCACUCCCGUGUAGUAACCACGAGCCUGUGUCAAACCAUUAUUUCCGCCCGCUCGGCAUGAGAGCAGUUCUCGAGGAGAAGAAGCCAAGUUGGAUUCUCAAUUUGGAUCUGCAGGACGCGUGGUUCCCUGCGCAGCAUUUUCUUUCGAACCAUCUCCCGCGCUUCUUGAGGGAAGAUGUCGGCGACCUCGUGAAUGGCAAAGUGCAUGGCCAAAGCCAAGUGUUCAUGAACGGAGCUGUAAUCGCAUUCAAAAACACUGCAUGGGCAAAAUACUUCCUGCUACAAUGGUUUAAAAAUAGAUGUGGCCGCAAAGACCAGCUCUCGCUCUGGCACAGCUUGUUCACUGAGUGGAAGAAAGAGAUACCAUCCUUAGAGUGGGACGUGAAGAAGCUGUUGAAAUAUGAUACAGCGAUGUUGUAUGUGCCAAAGGUUGCAGAGCGAUACCUUGGAUGGAAGAACGGUUUCAAUUCUGAAGAGCUACAUCUGCCGCAUGUAACAAUCAUGCCGAACGUGGCCAGGUCUCCGAAUGUCGCGUUCCGAUGGAGCGAGGACGGGCAGAAUGAGCCCUUCAUUUGUCACAUCCGCCUCGACAAGGCAAACGAACAGGAGCGGAAGAAGUGUGACCACCGCAUGGACCUGUGCGCUGAAUCCUACAUGUGCUCCUGCUGAGCCGACUGGGGUACCUGCCGAUUGUCACGAGCUUCGGCCCGUUGCGGAGGACGUCGGUUCCGCUGGCGGCGGAUAUGGAUCCCUCGCCGCCUUGCAACCCUGGGGGGUCCACGUUGUGAGAAGCAA